UGUCAAAUCUGUGCUCCUCAGGUUAAUGAUUUGCUGGUUAUCUCGUACUUAGUACUUGCGCGUGGAGUUUGGAGUCUGCCCUCCCCUCCGAUAAAACUUAUUAGGAGAAGCUCGUACUUGCUUUGCCUUUCUUUUUGGCCCUCUAGUGCAGCUUCAGCCGCUGACUCGGUUUUUGUGUCGGUCUUGAUUCUCCCGGCUACAGAGAGAGGACACACAAUGUUAACUCUAGCUGUGCUCUUGCUUUGUGCAGCCUCCUCUGUCUCAGCUUCAGGUGGUGCUGCUGGACCCCGGCUGAACAACAACCAGCUGUACAAAUUCAGCUACACCACUGAGGUGCUGGUGGACAGAGCCAAGGGGUCCAAAGAGGGCAGUGCUGGCUACAGGAUCUCAAGCGAUGUGAACGUCAACCUAGUGUGGAGAGAUCCCAGCAGCAAAGACAACCAACUGAUUCAACUGGCGAUCUCAAAUGUGAGGAUUGACCAUGCGACCCACCGAUCAGAAAAGAAGAAUGUCCUCCAUGGAUCCACUGCAGAAAGUGUUUUGGGGAAAACAAAACUAGCAGCUCUGACUAAACCUUUUUUGUUGCAUCUGAAAAAUGGAAAGGCAAAAGCAUUUUAUUCCUACUGGGCCGAACCUGCAACCAUCAAGAACCUAAAAAGAGGGCUGGCCAGCCUACUGCAAGUACAGCUCAACACUGGGAAAGUUAUAGAGAAUGACGUGUCUGGAAGGUGCACAGUCGAGUACAAGGCAGUAAAAGGUCAAGUGACGAGAACCAAGAUCCUGGAGACGUGUAAGACGGCGGAGACUGGAUUCACCACACACAGUCAGGUGUUGGGUGUGAGCAGGAAGUCCAGUUCUGUAACAACGUUCACACUUGAAGAUGGUUUCAUCCACUCGGCCGUGGCUGAAGAAACACACUCACUGGCUGUUAACGCCCGCAGAUCUGCUGCAGCUACUGUCGUGUCCAGGCAAACCUUCACAUUUGUAGGGACAGAGGCUGGACCGCUGGAGGCCGCUGGGAAAGACGUGGCUGGGGUUGUCAAGUCAAUCGAUGCCAAACUGGCAGCUGUUGGUAUCGUUGCGGAGAAGGUCAAAUCCCAGUGCAAGGGCUGUCCAUCACUUUUUGAACAUUGGCAGACUCAACAGAAGCAGCUGGAGCCAGCGAGCCUGUCGAAAGCCACGGCUCCUCGCAGCUUCCUGGCCCUCCUCCAGAGCAUUAGGAAGGCGUCCAAGGGCGAGAUCCUCACAGUGCUGAAGAGUGCCAGCAAGACAUCUCUACCUCAGGUGGUGGAUGCUGUGACCUCCUCUCAAACAGAUGCAUCUCUGGAUGCCAUGCUCGAAUUCCUUAACUUCACCGAUGCCAAAGGGUUGGUUCUGCAGGAGAGGUUUCUCUACGCAUGUGGCUUUGCGUCACAUCCCAACGAGAGAAUGCUCCAGGUUCUGCUGGAUAUUUCAAAGGGAAAGAUUGGCAGCACAGACAUUAAAGAGUCAGUGGUGAUCAUAAUGGGAGCCCUGGUCCAUAAGCUGUGUCAGAAAGGAGGAUGCAACUUACCGACAGUGGUACAGGUGAAGAAGCUGAUUUUAGACGGUCCUGGCAGCACACAGGUAGAGUCCGAGGUCCAGAUGUAUCUUCUGGCUCUGAAGAACUCUCUGCUUCCCGAGGCCAUUCCCAUCUUUACCAAAUAUGCAGAGUCAGAGGUGGGAGCUUACAGCACCAUCGCCCUCACUGCCCUACAGAGAUAUAAUGUCAAUCUCAUGACUGAUGCGGUGAAGCAGACAGUGAACAGGGUUUACCACCAGAAUCGACGAGUCUAUGAGAAAAACGUGAGAGCUGCCGCUGCUGACGUCAUCCUCAGUAGCAACCCCUCAUACAUGGAGGUCAAGAAUCUGCUUCUCUCUAUUGGACACCUGCCUCAUGAAAUGAACAAGUACAUGUUGUCCAAGAUCCAGGACAUCCUCCACUUCCAGAUGCCUGCCAGUAAAGUUUUGCGACAGGCUAUGAAGGACAUGGUUUCCUGUAACUACGACCGUUUUGCAAAAGUUGGGUCAUCGUCUGCUUUCUCAGGAUUCAUGGCACAAUCUGCUGAUGUGACCUCCACAUACAGUUUGGACAUCCUGUAUUCAGGCUCUGGGAUCAUGAGGAGAAGCAACAUGAAUAUCUAUGGUGCAAGUAAAGGAGCAAUGCUACAUGGACUACAGGUGGCAAUUGAGGCCCAGGGUCUGGAGUCACUGAUUGCUGCCACACCUGACGAGGGAGAGGGGGACCUGGAGUCGUUUGCUGGGAUGUCAGCUCUGCUCUUCGACGUCCAGCUGCGGCCCGUCACCUUCUUCAAGGGUUACAGUGACCUCAUGUCCAAAAUGUUCUCCAUGACCGGGGAUCCUAUUAAUGUAGUGAAGGGUCUCAUCCUGCUGACGGAUCAUUCUGAGGUGAUCCAGCUGCAGUCCGGUCUGAAGGCGAGUGCAGAGUUCCAAGCAGGGUUAGCUAUUGACAUCUCUGGAGGCAUGGAGAUCAGUCUGUGGUACAGGGAGUCCAAGACCAGCGUCAACAACAGGGGAGCGUUAGUGCUUACUGGCAAUGUUACAGUGGACAUGGACUUUAUGAGAGCGGGCGUUGAGGUCAGCUUUGAAAUGGAGGCAUCGCUGGACUUUAUCACCACUGUCCAGUUUUCCAAUUAUCCAUUCCUGGUAUGCAUGCAGAUGGACAAAACUACCUUCCCCUUCAGUGAAUACCUGACCAAGUAUGAGAGCGUGCCGUCAGGAAAGAGCGCUGUGUCGCAUAAGAGCAGGAAGCAGCUCGUUCCCGGCUCUGAAUUCCCUCUUCACCAGGAGAACUCAAACAUGUGCAAGAAGGUUUUCGACUCCAGCUGGUAGAAGAGAUAUCAUGAACUAUCCAGGAGCAAAUAUUAUUACUCAAAGAGGGUUUAAUACAUUCAGGGACAGCUAUCACACCUCAGCCUCAUGCAGUUAAGGUACCCAAGAGAGAAAAUGGUGAGUGUAUUUGUUUUUUAACAGCACAUGCAAUGUUUACAUUCCUGUGAAUAUUUAAGUCAUUUUAAUUUCGACAUUUUGUUUAAAAUCAGGAAUUCUUGCAUUGUCUUUUUAUGGAUUUCCACGAAAAUGUAUUUAUGAUGGGCACACACAGGAUGUAUGUCUUAUUUGGGUAAUACUCAGCAUGAAUAGUACCACUGUAAUUAUCCCAACACAGUUUUAGUAAAAAUGUACAUGUAAAUAUCACACUGGAGACAGUGGAUUAACUGUCCCCCAUGAAUAGAAACGCUCCUUUCUGUUAACAUUCCUUUGUUUUUUGAUUAAAUGUUUGGAGUAAUUUAUUGUUUUAUGUCACUGUUCACACACUUGAAAUAACUUAUUUAGCAAAAUAAUAUCCAUUAAUUCCAUUUUUUAUGAUCAUGUUGGUGAUUUAUUUAAUUGUUCCUACAGAGACGAUGUGUGUGCGUCGUCUUUACUUUGUACUUUGAAGAUUCGAGGUGAAACUGGAAUCUCCGAAAGUGAAAACAUCAACACUUGAAUAUAUUUGUUUGUACUUGGCUGUAAUUGCUCUAUUUGUCUGAAAACAUUUGGGUAGUUUUAACUUUUGAGCUACUCUGAAUUUGUGUUUCCAUAUUCUGGGAUCAGUCUGUUAGAUUUGUUGGCUAACAAUAAAUGUGCAGUGGAAACACACACACA